CUGGCUUUCGACCUGCUAAGCCCUGAGUGCCUUCUUUUUCGAUCAGUUGGUCCCUUUAAAUUUGUCUUUUAACAUAGACGGAGGACAAGAGCAGGCGAUUAAGAACGCAAAUGAUGGAACAAUUCAAAGGUCUAGCAAAAACCUUGUACAUUUGGUCGACAACGGAGAACUUGGAGAAAAAAGUAGACGAAAUAAAGGCAGCUACAGGAGGAGAUGUUCAGGUUGAAAAUAUUAACCGCUUAUCCAUGGCAACUUAUGCCAAUGCUUCAUUUGAUUUAAUUGUCAUUGAAAAUGCCCAAUUGACUGAUGCAUUUGGAAAGUUAUUGAACUUAUUAAAACCCAAAGGCAAAUUACAUUUGUUAACAUACGUGGGUAGUUCUGAAAGUAUUUUGCAAGAAUUAAAAUUGUCGGGUUUCGUUAAUUCAACGAACUCACAAAACACCAUUACAUGUGAAAAGCCUGGUUAUGAAACUGGUUCGGCGGUAAAAUUGUCAUUUGCUAAAUCUAAACCAGCUGCUGCUGCAGUAUGGAAAAUUGAUGGCGAUGAGGCUGAGGAGGAGGAUUUAAUAAAUGAAGAUGAUUUACUGGACGAGGAGGAUAAAAAGAAACCAGAUCCUGAGUCUUUGAGAGUUUGUGGCACAACCGGCAAAAGAAAAGCCUGCAAGAACUGUUCCUGUGGUCUAGCUGAUGAAUUGGAAGCUGAAAAACAACAAAAGACCAAAGUGGAAACACAAAAUGCAAAAUCUAGUUGCGGCAGCUGUUAUUUGGGUGAUGCUUUCCGUUGCUCUACAUGUCCCUAUUUGGGUAUGCCCGCCUUUAAACCUGGCGAAAAAGUACAACUUGCCGGAAACCUUUUAAACUCUGAUUUAUAAUUUGAUGUACAUGGCACAAUUGUUCUUAAAAAUUCCAAAAACGAAAAUAAAUAUAGUAUUUUGAUAAAUUAUAA